AUUUGACUUUUCAGCAAAUUUCUACGAGCGUCUUGAUCAAUUUGUCAUGGAAGAGAGAAAGAGAUAGAAAAAUAAAACGUGUUUCCUUGCUCUCCACAGAAUUUUCUUCACCAAAACAAAUGGUAAACAAAACGGUUGUGACAGAAUUCCUCCUCCAAGGAUUCUCUAAUAAGCGAGAGCUACAAAUGUUACAUUUUAUGGCGUUUCUCUCCCUCUACUUAGCUACCCUGAUGGGAAACCUUUUCAUCAUCACGUCCGUGGCACUGUUUCCUCAUCUUCACACCCCCAUGUACUUUUUCUUGGCUGUCUUGUCAUCCGUGGAUGUCUGCUUCAUCUCUUCCACCGUUCCGACAUCAAUGGUCAAUUCCCUGAUGAACGACAAUAGGAUUUCUUUUGCAGGAUGUGUCAGCCAAGUUCUCUUUGUCGUUGCAUGUGCCAGUGCGGAGAUUUCCCUGCUCACUAUCAUGGCUUAUGACCGCUAUGUGGCAAUCUGCCAUCCCCUACAGUACAUGCUGAUCAUGAACUGGGAUGCCUGUUCUCAAAUGGCAGUUGCUGCGUUGGUCGUCAGUUUAAUGAAUGGAGUGACACAAACAGCAAACACAUUCCGGCUACAGUUCUGCUGGCCCAAUGUAGUGGAACAGUUUUUCUGUGACAUUCCUCAGUUAUUAAGGAUAUCUUGCACUGAUACCAAGUUUAACGAGGUCUUCAAUUCUGUCUGUGUUCUUAUAAUAGGGGGAGUUUGUUCUGUGUGCAUAUUGAUUUCCUACACUCACAUCUUCUCUGCUGUGUUCAGGAUCCAAUCAGGGCAGGGAAAAUACAAAGCUUUCUCUACCUGCAUCCCUCACUUGACUAUGUUUUCUCUUUUUGUUUUUACUAUCAUUUUUACUUACAUGAGGCCUCAGGAGAUGUUGUCUUCAUACGUGAACUUUUUUGCGGCUGUUCUGUAUGCUGUUUUGCCCCCACUCAUGAAUCCUGUCAUUUAUAACCUGAGAAAUAAAGACAUCCAAAUGGCUCUGAGGAAGAUAAUGUGUCUGAAUGCCACAUGA